UCCGUAAACAUAUCACAGUUUACAGUUUAUGACGGGAAAAGUUCAGCCAACACCCUUUUGUGUCUGAUUUCCCACCGCCCGUGAAAGCCGCAUUAAAGCGACACGGUCCUUCCUCACGGCGCUGCGCUUCAUGAUUUGAGGAGGAGAAAAUCUGAGAAUCAUGUUGGAAAAUGUCCCCACAAUGUCCUCGGUCGAGCGUCAGCAGGUCCUCUCGGCUCUGGACAGACUUCAGUCCAAACUGGUUCAGAGGGAAGAAUGGACCCACAGCGACAACAUGAAGAACCUGAAGGAGGCGCUACAGAGCCCCCUGUUCAACCACAUACUGACCCUGCAGUACUCCAUCAAACAACUACGACACCAGUUGAACAGUUUACCCGCCGACGCUCACGCAGACUUCAGUUUUUCUCCCAAAGGGCAGCUCGUCCUCGGCUCCGUGGCCCCGCCCCCCGCCUCAUCUCUGUCCAAUCACAGCGCUCCGAGCACGCACCAAGCCCCGCCCCCUGCCUUUGAUCUGCAGACGUGGAUCGCCGCCAACGCAAAGGGGCGUCACACAGAGCUGGUGCGUUUGUCUCGUCCGGUCUCUGGGGGUCUGGGCUUCAGUGUCGUGGGUCUGACUCCAGGAGGCAGCAGCUGUCAGGGGGUUUACAUCAAACAUGUGCAGCCUGGAGGAGUGGCCCACAGGAGCGGUGGUCUCCAGGAGAAGGAUCAGAUCUUGGUGAUAAACGGUCGUGCGUUGGAGGCGGGGGUGAGCCAGCAGGAGGCGCUGUCCCUGCUGCAGAGCGGAGACGCCGUGGAGCUGGUGGUCGCCCGGGACCCGCCCCCGAACGCCUCACAGACCAAUGACAGGAACGAGAGGAACGACAGGACCACGAACGCACCACUGCACUCGCCCGAUAUCGACACGUCUCAGUGGGGUCACGUGGAGCAGAUCGAGUUGGUGAACGACGGAUCAGGACUCGGAUUUGGAAUCGUUGGAGGAAAAUCUGGAAUCGUGGUCCGAACUCUGCUCCCAGACAGUGUCGCACACAGAGACGGGCGUCUUCGUACAGGUGACCACAUCCUGUCCAUAGGCUCCGCCCCCACGGCUCACCUGAGCAGUGAGCAGGUGGUGUCGGCGCUCCAGGCCUGCGGGAGCCGCGUCCGCAUGAUCAUCGCCCGAGACUACAGAGGUCAGAGGUCACAGGGCCCGCCCCCUCCUCCAGACUCUGCCCCCGUGUCCGCUCUGGCCUCGCCCCCUCUGCCAGACUCCGCCCCCGUGUCUGCCCUGGCCCCGCCCCCUCCCAGAACCCAGCCCCAGAGACGAGUCAGCAAAACGCCCAAUCUUGAAGGAUACGAGAUCCACGAAGUUUCACUGACAAAGAAACAAGGACAGAGUCUCGGGAUUUCAAUCAUCGGAUACAACCCCCUGACCAGCCAAGAUGCUGUGGGGGUGUUUGUGAAGAACGUGGUCCCGGGCAGCGCGGCCGAGCAGAGCGGAAACAUCCGAGUGCACGACCGGAUCCUCGCCCUGAAUGGUGUGAGUCUUCACGGUCGGACCAAUCAGGAGGUUCUGGAGGUGAUGAAGCAGACGGGUCAGACCGUGGUCCUGACUCUGGUCCGGAAGAAGAGGGCGCUAGAGAGAUCCCUGGACAAAGUGGAGAGGACAGAGUCUCGAGUGUCUCUCAGGAGGUCCGUGGAGCUCAGGGCCCGAACCCAGAGCCGACAGGAGCAGGGCCGACAGGAGCAGAGCCGCAUCACAGCCAGAGCGUCGGAGGCCGAGCUCAGGGCCAAAUGGGAACAGGCUCUGGGACCAAACUACAGAGUCCUGGUGGUGAACUUGGACCCGGUGAUCGAGGACGACGAGGAGCUGCAGAAAUCCUCCAAGCUGCUGCCCGUUCACACGGUUCGUCUCGGGGUGGAGUUGGACUCGUUCGAUGGACAUCACUACGUCUCGUCUGUGAUUCCUGAAGGUCCCGUCGACAAACACGGAGAGUUGAGGCCCGAGGACGAGCUGCUGGAGGUGAACGACGUGCAGGUUUAUGGUAAAUCUCGUCGGGAGGUGAUCGCGUUCCUUAAAGAAGUCCCUCCUCCGUUCACGCUCGUCUGCUGCCGGCACCUGUCUGCGGACCAAGACCCAGACCAGGACCAGGACCAGGACCAGGGUCUAGACUCGGACUCGGACCAGGACUCGGACUUGGUGGAGCCUCCGAAGUACCAGGCUCAGUUUGAGAGUCGAUAUGAAGCGGAGUCGAGGAGCAGACAGCGCCCCAGUGUGGACGAGAUGGAGCUGCAGUUGUCUUCGCUGCUCUGUCAGACUGAGUCCAGAGACCGAACCAGAGUCAAACAGGAGCUUCCUCCAGAACCUGUGGUCCAGUCAGACUCUGAGGACGAGACAGGGGCGACAGGUGCGACAGGUGAGGACAGCACUGAAGAGGAAGAGGAAGAAGAAGAAGAGGAAGAGGAGGAAGAAGAGGAGGAGGAGGAAGAGGAGGAGGGGGAGCUGGCCAUGUGGUCUCCUGAGAUUCUGACCCUGGACCUGAACAAAGAUCCAGACAAAGGACUGGGCUUCAGCAUCCUGGACUAUCAGGACCCUCUGGACCCGGGCCGCUGUGUGAUGGUGGUCCGGUCUCUGGUCCCAGGCGGGUCUGCGGAGCGGAGUGGGGGUCUGUUGCCGGGAGACCAGGUGGUUUGGGUGAACUCCACUCAGCUCCAGGACCUGAGCCUGUCCGAGGCCGUCCAGGUCCUCAAGAUGGUGCCCGCCGGGACCGUCCGCCUGGGCAUCCGCAAACCCCUGGUGGAGCAGGUGGAGGGAGGAAUGGGCGGAGCUGACAGAGUGGGCGGAGCUGACAGAGUGGGCGGGGCACAGGAAGUUCCUCAGGUCGAUGUUCCGAUGGAGGACGAGGAUGAACCGGAGCUGAUCCUGGAUGGAGGACUUCCCCGGUACUCCUCCUCCGCGACCCCCGCGGUGACCCCCGCGAUGACCCCCGCGAUGACCCCCGUGAUGACCCUCGUGACCCCCGCGACCUCCUCGACCUCUGACCUCUCACCUGCCGAGGGGCGGGAAAUGGCCGUGGACGAGGAACAGGAAGUGACCCGGAGUGAAAACGCAGAAGAAGAACUGAGACCUCCCCCCCCGACCUGGGACGAGUGGAGACACUCCCUGGGGAGGGUCAGAAAACAGACGGAGGCGGAGUUUGAGGCGCCGCCGCGUCAGGACGACAAACCCACGACCUCUGACCCCGAGACUGCGGCGUCUGUGAGGAGAAUCCCAGGGCAUCUGAGUGAAUCCAGGGACAGUGAGGCCGACUCUGAGCUCAGUCUGACCGACACCGACACAGAGGCGGCUCGACACGUGGACACGGAGCGACGGAGGAGGCGGGGCCAAAUAGGAACCUAUCCACCAAUCAGAGGAGCCCACAGUGGUCUUCCUCAGAGGGAGGAGGGGGAGGGGGAGGAGACUCCGGCCUUCAGUCACUGGGGACCUCCCAGAAGGGUGGCGGUGUGGGUGGCGCCGGGUCAGUCUCUGGGUCUGAGCAUCGUGGGAGGACGUCACGUGAUCAAACGACUCAGGAACGGAGAAGAACUCAAAGGAAUCUUCAUCAAACAAGUCCUGCCCCAAAGUCCGGCCGCCCAGAGCCAGAACCUCAAGACCGGGGACAAGAUCCUCGAGGUGAACGGCGUGGACCUGCGCGCGGCGUCUCACGAUGAGGCGGUGGACGUGAUAAAGUCGUCUCAGAGUCCGGUUCAGUUUGUGGUCCAGAGUCUGUCCAGCGCUCCCAGGCCCGUGUCCGUCCUGGCGCCGAGUUACAGCAAACACCGAGCCAAGAGGAACACGUCUCCGAAGCUGGCAUUAGCCCCGCCCCCUCCGAGAGACCCGCCCCCUUACAGACCUCCCAGCCAAUCAGAGGCCGGCUCAGACCUGGACCAGACCAAAGAGCGUUAUGCGGAUCUUCCUGGGGAGCUGUUCUGUGUGGACCUGGAGAAAGACCGGACCGGACUUGGACUGAGUCUGGCCGGGAACCGGGACCGGUCCAGACUGAGCGUGUUCGUGGUGGGUCUGAGUCCCGGAGGCGCCGCGGCCAAAGAUGGACGGAUCCGGGUCGGAGACGAACUGCUCGAGAUCAAUAACCAGGUUCUGUACGGGCGCAGUCACCAGAACGCCUCAGCCAUCAUCAAGAGCGCCACCUCCAGAGUCCGACUGGUACUGCUCAGAAAUGCUGACGCGGUGAAUCACAUGGCCGUGGCGCCGUUCUCGUCCCCGCCGGCGCUCGGCUCCGCCCCCUCAGAGGCCGUCCCUCCACUUCCUGUCUCUGGCCCCGCCCUCUCCACAGACAAGCCCCGCCCCCCUGAUCACCUGAACCUGAGCUCCGCCCACAAACAGAGGUCGACGGAGGAGGUGGAGCUAAACGACAUGAACAAAAGCAGCAGCAGCAGCGGCGGCGCCCCCCACAGGCACAGACAGGACACUGCACACAAAAAGAGGCAGAAGUUGGAGUCUCCUCAGAACGACCUUCAGUCUCCCACAGACACACAGGUCAGAGAUGAACCACUCUUUGUUUCUUCCCUGAGCUCCAGAAAAGUCCCUUCAGUGUCUCCUCUGAUGAGCCCCGACCUCCACAACGCAAACACAGAUCCGUCCCUCCGCCCCGUGACCCCUGACCCCUCGUGUUCCCCCGUGACCUCCGACCCCUCGUGCUCCCCCGUGACCUCUGACCCCUCGUGUUGCCCCGUGGUCCCGGGGCAGGAGACGCUCAUCGAGAUCUGCAAAGGACGAUCGGGACUCGGACUGAGCAUCGUCGGAGGAACAGACACACAACUGAACGCCAUCGUGAUCCAUGAGGUUUACCAGGAGGGGGCAGCAGCGAGAGACGGGAGGCUUUGGGCCGGAGACCAGAUCCUGGAGGUGAACGGCGUGUCUCUCCGUUCUUCGUCUCACGAGGAGGCCAUCUCUCUUCUGCGUCAGACUCCGUGUCGUGUGCGUCUGAAGGUUCUGCGGGUCGAGUGUUCGGAGCAGAACCUGCAGCUGCUCACGGUCCAGCUGCACAAGAGGAGUGGGCGGGGCCUCGGACUCAGCAUCGUCGGGAAGAGGAGCGGCAGUGGCGUGUUCAUCUCGGAGGUGGUCAGAGGAGGCGCCGCGGAGCUGGACGGGCGUCUGAUGCAGGGAGACCAGAUCCUGUCUGUGAACGAGGAGGACACGAGGAGCUCCACGCAGGAAACCGUCGCCGCCAUGUUGAAGUGCGCCAGAGGAGCUGUUCUCCUGGAGGUCGGGCGACUCAAAGCGGCUUCGUGGAUCUCCCCCAAAACCAACAAGAACCAGACCCAGAUCCAGACCGAGACCUGCCCCCGAGUCUCUGCCACCACCCCGACCCCGCCCGAGCCUCUGCCCCACGACAACAACAACAAACCCAACGACGUCACCUCCUCUGCACAGACCAACAGCCCAGGUGAAGAGUCUGGCGUUCGCUCUGUGGACAUCACACGGACUCAGAGGGACUCUCUGGGCGUGAGUGUGGCGGGGGGGCGGGGCAGUCCUCUGGGGGACGUCCCUUUGUUCAUCGCCAUGAUCCAGGCCAACGGAGUCGCCGCCAAGUCCAAGAAACUCAAGGUGGGUGAUCGGAUCGUGAGCAUAAACGGGCAGAGUGUGGAUUCUCUGACUCACAGUGAAGUCGUGUCUCUGCUCAAAAACUCCUACGGAAACAUCAACCUGCAGGUUGUUGCAGACACAAACAUUUCUGCGAUCGCGUCUCACGUGGAGAGUUUGUCGAGCAGCUCGGCGCUCUCGUCCAACACGGAGACCAACGAACCCGACUCUCCGCGCUGUAAAACCAUCGUCCUGCAGAAAGGUUCUGAGGGUUUGGGCUUCAGUAUCGUUGGAGGAUUCGGGAGUCCACACGGAGACCUGCCCAUCUACGUCAAGACCGUCUUCAGCAAGGGCGCGGCGGCGUUGGAGGGGCGUCUGCGUCGUGGGGAUCAGAUCGUUUCGGUGAACGGAGAAACUCUGACAGGAGCGAGUCACCAGGAGGCAGUGACUCUGCUCAAGAGACAGAAACCAGGAGAAGUCGUCCUGGAAGUCCUGUCCUGAGACCAAGACCGAGACCAGGACUGAGACUAAACCAGGAUAAACCAAGACUAAACCAGGAGAGGUCAUCCUGCAAGUCCUGUCCUGAGACCAAGACCAAGACUGAGAUCAGGACCAGGACUGAAACUGGACUGGGACCAAGACUAAACCAAGACUAAACCAAAACUACACUAGGUGGUCUUGCAAGUCCACCUCUGGACUUCGUCCCAAGAUCGGGACGGAGUCCAGAGGUGAGACCAGGACCGGGACUGGGGCCAGGACCGUGACUGAGGGACUGAGACCGGGACCGAGGGACUGAAACCAGAACUGAGACCAGGACUAAACCAGGACUAAACCAAGACUUAACUAGAACUAAACCAGGACAAAUAAGGUAUAAAUAAGGUAUAAACCUGGACUGAAACAGGACUAAACCAGGACUAAACAAGGACUAAACCAGAACUAAACCAGGACUUGGACUGGUCUUCACCUUUAAGCAAAAAAGUGAGAUGAAAACAGAAGUGGAGUCGGGUUUGUCAAAGGGACGAGUCUGAGUCUGAGAGUUUGAGAGUUUUUGGUUUUUCCACAGAAUCAAAACUCGACGACUCGACGGGAAAAAUCCAACAAAUGUCACGUUUAGUUUAGUUUAGUUUAAAUCUGAAGUUCUGUCACAUAUUUGCACAAUUUACUAUGUUUUUUUUAAAUGAUCUGCACAUUUUUAUCACUGUUUUUGUCUAAUUCAUGAAAUCUUACAGCACAAAAAACCGACAACACUUUAACUUUUCUCAUUUAUUUAAAACCACAAUCUUACUUUUGAAGAAGAUUCACAAGUGCCAUCGUUAUUUUGUUUUUUUCAGUUCUUCACCUUUUCUUCUAACUCCACUUUUUAUGUAGAUUUAAAAAAAAGUCUUCCACAGAAAAACCCGUUUCAAGUGGUGAUAGAACCGUCGUGAAAUGAGUCGCGCUCUGAUUCUGUGCUCCGUCCCCGAAAACUUUCUAAAUGUAAAAAUCUGUUCUUUCGUCGUCUUUUUUCGUUUUAAAGGUGGUUGUCUUAAAUGUUCCGCAGUGUGGCUUUAAACCCGUGACCUUCAGAUUCUAGAGAACGAUCCUUUACACUGUUUAUUUGAUUUAAUUCAAGUUUAUGAUUUGUAUUUUCUUCUUGAAGGUGCAUCUUUUUCCUCUCUCUGUCCGAGCAGACGGAUCAGGUGCUACGGAGUAAGAAGCUUUCAAAAAUAUUCGUGCACGUAGAAUAGAAAUCGGUGCAUAUUUGUCUGUAGU